CGCCAUCUCUUUUCGCCUUCGUCCCUGCCAGCCGCCAGCCCGCUGCACCUUCUCCUUCAACAGGAUUAAGGCUUCCAAAGAUGCUUUCCAAAUUUGAGACCAAGUCGAAUCGAGUCAAGGGUCUUUCGUUCCACCCGAAACGGCCGUGGAUCCUGGCCUCGCUGCACAAUGGCUCGCUUCAGCUGUGGGACUACAAGAUGGGGACUCUGAUCGAUCGCUUUGAUGAGCAUGAAGGCCCUGUCCGCGGCAUCGCCUUCCAUCCUACUCAGCCCCUCUUCGUUUCCGGCGGCGAUGAUUACAAGAUCAAGGUCUGGAACUGGAAGCAGAGAAAGUGCCUGUUCACCCUCAACGGCCACAUCGACUACAUCCGCACGGUGUUUUUCCAUCACGAGCAGCCCUGGAUCAUCAGCUGUGCCGACGACCAGACCAUCCGCAUCUGGAACUGGCAGUCUCGCACCUGCAUUGCCAUCCUCACCGGCCACAAUCAUUAUGUGAUGUGUGCCCAGUUCCACCCCAAGGAGGACCUGGUCGUCUCGGCCUCGCUUGACCAGACGGUCCGUGUCUGGGAUAUCUCGGGACUUCGCAAGAAGCAGUCGUCGCCCCAGAGCGCAAUGCCCGAGGACCGCAUGGGUCCCGGCCAGCAGCCGGAUAUCUUUGGCUCGACAGAUGCAAUUGUCAAGUAUGUCCUCGAGGGCCAUGAUCGCGCCGUCAACUGGGCCACCUUCCAUCCCAACCUGCCCCUCAUCAUUUCCGGUGGCGAUGACCGAAACGUCAAGCUCUGGAGAAUGAACGAGAGCAAGGCCUGGGAGGUCGACACCUGCCGUGGCCACUACAGCAACGUCUCCUGCGCCAUCUUCCACCCCCGGCAAGAGCUCAUCAUCAGCAACUCGGAAGAUAAAACCAUCCGUGUCUGGGACAUGACCAAGCGGACCGUCCUCCAGACUUUCCGUCGCGAGCACGACCGAUAUUGGGUCCUGGCUGCCCAUCCCGAGCUGAAUCUCUUUGCGGCCGGCCACGACAAUGGUCUGAUUGUCUUCAAGCUGGAGCGUGAGCGGCCGGCUCACUCCGUCCACCAGAACACCCUGUUCUACGUCAAGGACAAGUUCCUGCGUGCCUAUGACUUCUCCAACUCGAACGAUACGCCCCUCGUGUCAAUCCGUCGCCCUGCCGGGCUUUCCACAGCCCCUCGCUCGCUGUCGUAUAACCCUGCGGAGCACAGUGUUCUCCUCACCACGGCUGUUGAUGGAGGCACCUAUGAGCUCCACAACCUGCCACGCGACGCUCGUGGCGAGCCUCGAGAUGCCGUCGUCGAACCCAAGAAGGGCCAGGGCAAUGCGGCCGUCUACAUUGCCCGUAAUCGCUUUGCGGUGUUUGUCAAAUCGAGUCAGCAAAUUAUCAUCAAGGAUCUGGCAAACGAAACCAAGAAGACGUUCAAGCCCCCUGUUGCUGUCAACGACAUCUUCUUCGCUGGCACCAAGAACAUCCUGCUGACCACCAGCAGCUCGGUUAUCCUGUUCGACACAGAGUCCUCCUCCAACAUUGCUGAGCUCCCUGCCUCCGGCGUUCGCUACGCCGUAUGGUCGUCGGAUAUGAGCAUGGUCGCCCUCCUGAGCAAGCAUUCCAUCAUCAUCGCCACAAAGUCGCUUGAGCAGCUUUCUGUGAUCAGCGAAACAAUCAAGAUCAAGAGCGGCGCCUGGGACGAAAACGGUAUCCUGGUCUACUCGACUCUCAACCACGUCAAAUACGCGCUGCCUCAGGGCGACCACGGCAUCAUCCGCACUCUCGAGCAGCCCGUGUACAUUACCCGCGUCAAGGGAAAGAGCGUCUACUGCUUGGAUCGCGAUGCCAAGGUCCGCGUCCUCAGCGUCGAUCCAACCGAGUACCUCUUCAAGCUUGCACUCGUUCGCCGCAACUACAGCGAGGUUCUGCGUAUCAUCCGCAACUCCAAUCUCGUUGGCCAAUCCAUCAUUGCUUACCUCAAGAAGAAAGGCUACCCGGAGAUUGCGCUGCACUUUGUCAAGGACCCCGUCACCCGAUUCGAGCUGGCCCUGGAGUGCGGCAACCUCGAGGUCGCCCUUGAGACCGCCAAGGUCAUGGAUCGCGAAGACUGCUGGACGCAGCUGGGCGCGGAGGCCUUGAAGCAAGGCAAUCACCAGGUUCUUGAAAUGACCUACCAACGCAUCAAGAACUUUGACCGCCUGUCGUUCCUGUACCUCAUCACGGGCAACGUCGAGAAGCUCAAGAAGAUGCAGAAGAUUGCUGAACUGCGCAACGAUGUCAUGUCGCGCUAUCACAACUCUCUCUAUCUCGGCGACAUCCAGGAGCAGAUUCGUAUCCUGAAGGACGCAGGACAAGGUCCGCUGGCCUAUCUCGCUGCUCAGACCCAUGGUCUGACUGAGGAAGCCGACUCGAUCCUCGCUGCUGCUGGCCUCGAGAGUCGCCCCGAGCUUCCCGACGGCGGAGAGCUGCUCAAGACCCCAACGCCGAUCUUCAAGCAACACGAAGUCAACUGGCCAUCGCUGACUAUCUCGCGCGGCAUCUUUGAUGCUGGUCUGUUCCAAAGCGACAACCCGACUGCUGCGCCGGUGCCUAUGGAUAUCGAUCCGCUCAACGAAGACGUCGGCGACUGGGGUGACGAUGCCGACCUGGAUAUCCCAGAGCUUGGCACCAGCUCCGCCAAGCCCAGCGCUGCUAAGGCCGCAGUCGAUGUCCCGAUCGACCUCGGCGAGGGCGAAGGCUGGGACUUGGACGCCGACCUUGAUAUCCCCGGCGAGCUCAUGGAUGCGUCCCUUGCCGGCGCUGCCGCAUCGCAGUAUGUGCCGCCCACUGCUGGAACACCCAUUGGGGAACACUGGCUCCGCAACUCUGGCCAUGCUGCCGAUCACAUCGCCGCCGGCUCCUUCGAAACCGCCAUGCAGCUCCUCAACCGCCAAGUCGGCGCCGUCAACUUUGCCCCGCUCAAGCCGUGGUUCAUGUCCAUCUACCAAGCGAGCCACAGCUACCUCUCGGCCAACGCCUCCGUGCCCCCGCUUGCUCUGGCCAACCGUCGUGUGGUGGAUCAGGACCUGACCAAGUCGCUGCCCUACUCGGCUGUGUCGGCUCAGCUCGCUAUGAACACCCUUCAGGAGGCGUAUGCCGUCACCAAGGCCGGAAAGUUCAACGAGGCGCUCAAUCUCUUCAAGGUCAUUUUGCAACAGGUCCUCUUCGUGAUUGUCGAGCGCCGUGAGGCCGAAGAGGUCCAGCAGCUGGUCUCGAUCGCCCGCGAAUACAUCCUGGGUCUGCGCAUGGAAGUCGCCCGCAAGGAUGUCAGCAUCGAAGCCAACCCCAAGCGCGCCGUGGAGCUGGCUGCAUACUUUUCACACUGCCAACUGCAACCCGCUCACUUGCAGCUGAGCUUGCGAUCGGCCAUGUUGCUCGCCUUCAAGAUCAAGAACUAUGCCACCGCCGCCAUCUUUGCUCGCCGGCUGCUUGAGCUCGGCCCCGUUCCGACCGUGGGACAGCAAGCACAAAAACUUUUGGCUCUAUGCGAGCGCACCCCCACCGACGAGAUCCAGCUGGACUACGAUCAGUACAAUCCGUUUGUUGUCUGCGGCUCGUCGUUCUCGCCCAUCUACCGCGGCAGCCCGAGUGUGCAGUGCCCUUACUGCAAGGCCUCGUACAAGCCCGAGUUCCAGGGCCAGCUCUGCGAAGUGUGCGAGAUCUCCCAGAUCGGCGCCUCCGCCAGCGGCCUCCGCUCGACGACCGAGAACCGCUGAAGCUGCUGCGAUGAUGUGCACAAGGCUGCAU